AUGAUAUCCAUGUCGUGGCAGCCAAAGCUUCGCCCCAAGGGCUUCCCGCAUAGCAUUGACGACUUUGCCGCCAUGGCAUCACUGUCCGAGUUGGAACAUCGUGCCCGCACUGAAGACAAGCGCGACCAGCGCGUCUUUCGGGUCAAGCGCAAACAUGUCCUCAAAGCCUGUGAUCGCUGUCGCGUGAAAAAGACCAAAUGCGAUGGGAAACAACCCUGCAAUCGCUGCUCCGUAUACAAUCACCCAUGUCUCUUCCGCGAACGAAAAGCCACUCAGACCAAAGUCUACUCACGAGGAUUUGUGGAAAUGCUCGAAUCCCACCACUCACUAGUCGUCAAGGCUUUGCAAAAAUUAUACAAGUUCUGCAUUAACAACGAAGGCUUUCCCGGUGAUCCUCUCGCCGAAGCACCAGACGGCCACCCACUCACACAUGCCAUCCUCGACCGUCUAGGGCUCAUCAAACAAGCGGAAGAAAACGCAGACGAACCAGACGAAGACACAGAGGAUCUCCGCUAUCUGCGCCUCCUCUCCACCUCCACCGAAUGCAGCGUCACAGCCGAACCCUCCCCAGAACCAAGCACACCCCCAGAACCAUUCCCCAUCUCCCGCCCAAUGCCCGCGCCUCUCUCCCGCUCAACCACAGCCCCAAAUUGGCAGUGGGAUCUCCCUGUCCAAUCUUAUUACCAGGAUAACUAUCACGACCUCAUGCCCUUGCCCCGCUCAAUGACAGCCCCUGAUAUCACGGAUAUCCCUCACGUCGACUUAGCUACCUCAUCCAGUCUGCAGGAUCACGCCUUUCCGUAUGCGCUUGGAUGCUGCGACCAGACGGAUGUCAAGCCUGUCUCGAGAAUGCCUCUCGAUCAUAAUGGCCACAUGAACUUGUCUGCGGAAAUGAUGGGCGAGUUCCAGUUCCAAGGGAACGAGACAUUCUAUCCUGGGUUUACACCUGGUUGGAAUUUCCCUUCUGCCUAG